AAGUCAUGCAAAACUGCAAAUACAGCCAGUCGGUCACGGUGCCCCUAGAAAAUGGGGCAGGUUCGGCCCCCAAGGAUUCGGAGGACCACCGCUCUCGGAGGCACAGGCAUCUCUUGGUGUGUUUGGAUGUCUUUUGCCUUUUCAUAGCAUCCAUUCCUUUCUUUGCUUGUGAGAUGGGUGCUGUGGAACCAUACAAACGAGGCUUCUUCUGUCAUGAUGAGAGCAUCUCCUAUCCUUAUGAGGAGAAAGAGUCCAUCAGUGAUGGUGUCCUGAUCAGUGGAGGUAUCCUUAUUACUGCAGUGUCCAUCGCUCUGGGUGAGAGCUACCGUGUACACUACCUAAAGGUCGAGUCAAAAGCCUUUGUGUCCAACCACUAUAUUUCCACCCUCUACAAGGAGAUUGGCAGCUUCCUGUUUGGCUGCACAGUAGGACAGUCUCUGACCAACAUGGCCAAGCUUACCAUUGGUCGUCUGCGGCCCAACUUCCUGACAGUGUGCAAACCCCAGGUCAACUGCUCCAUUGGCCAGUAUGUGGAUAACUACAUUUGCACGGGCAACGCUUCACUAGUAAAGGAGGCCAGGAAGUCCUUCUACUCAGGUCAUGCCUCCUUCGCCAUGUACACCAUGCUGUACCUCGCUUUUUACCUACAGGCUCGGUUUAAGUGGCAUGGCGCCCGCCUCCUGAGGCCGCUCGUCCAGUUCCUUCUGGUCAUGUUGGCGUUGUACACUGGGCUAACCAGGAUCUCCGACUACAAGCAUCAUCCUUCAGACGUAUUGGUUGGCUUCGUGCAAGGCGCCCUUGUGGCCAUCUGGGUGGCCCUCUACAUCUCCCCAAUGUUUAAGAAGAAGGAGCAAUGCCAGGGCAAGACCGGCAAUAUCUUGGACAGCCCUGUGUCUAGUCAGCACACCGUCUGCUAGCAGCGAUGAUCAAGUAGAAGGACAUUUGACCUGCCAGAGGGGGACAGUGGCUUACACAGUGCUGACUGGAGGCCGAUGUCUCCCCUGGGGACAGACUGUGGUGCCCCAAAUCCCUUGAUCUCCGCACUUCGGCCUUUCAUCUGCCAAAAUUAUAAAACUAAAAAGAUGGAAAGGAAAGUCAAGCCUCGGAUGGGCACUGAACACCAUCGGAAGGAGAGACAUUGGAGGCUCUCGCGCUAUUCUCUUUUGCUUCCAGUUUUCAAUCUUCUGGUGCACUUGGCAUAUAUCAUGGCAUGCGACUCAUCCUGCCACACAUCCCGGGAUUUUAUUUUUCCUUAAUUGUUGCCAGGCAGCCUGGCAGCAUAAACUGAUGACAAUCAUGCAGCAUGGCAAGGCGGAGAGAAAGAAAGGGAAGUUAAUAAAAAAAAAAAAAAAAAAAAAAAAAAAAAGACUUAAAUAUAAAUAUAUAAACUUAAGAAAA